CAACGCUAUUUCUUCUUGCACUGCUAACUGCUACCCUACACAUUGCAGAUGCACAAACAGGUAUUUGCUAUGGAAUGCAAGGGGACAACUUACCAUCAGCAGCACAAGUUGUGAAUCUAUGCCAAUCAAAUAACAUUAGAAGCAUGAGACUUUAUGAUCCAAAUCAAGCAGCUCUCCAAGCACUUAGAGGCUCCAACAUUCAAGUUCUGUUAGGUAUCCCAAACUCAGAUCUUCAGGGUAUAGCAUCAGACCCUAAUGUUGCAAAUUCAUGGGUCCAAAAUAACAUACUAUCCUACUGGCCUAGUGUUUCAUUCAAAUAUAUUGCUGUUGGGAAUGAAGUAAACCCCAUCAAUAGCUAUACAGCUCAAUAUUCUUCUUAUGUUCUUCCUGCCAUGGUAAACAUUUACAAUGCAAUUGCAUCAGCUGGAUUACAGAAUCAAAUUAAGGUGUCUACAGCAAUUGAGACAUCAAUUUUAGGGAACUCCUACCCUCCAUCCCAAGGUGCUUUCAGAAGUGAUUUGAGCUGGUACUUAAACCCUAUCAUUAGUUUCUUGGUAAACCACCAAUCACCACUUCUUGCUAAUGUCUAUACUUACUUCAGUUAUAUUGGGAAUCCACAAGAUAUAAGUAUUUCUUAUGCAUUGUUUACAACUCCAUCUGUUGUGGUACAAGAUGGUUCAUUUGGAUAUAGUAACCUCUUUGAUGCCAUGGUUGAUGCUCUCUAUUCAGCUCUUGAGAGGGCUGGUGCUUCUUCUUUGAAGAUAGUUAUAUCAGAGAGCGGUUGGCCUUCUGCUGGUGGUACUGCAACUUCAGUGGAUAAUGCAAGGACUUACAACUUAAAUUUGAUUCAACAUGUCAAGGGUGGGACUCCAAAGAGACCUGGAAGUCCUAUUGAGACUUAUAUAUUUGCUCUGUUUGAUGAGGAUUGGAAGCAACCAGAGUUGGAGAAACACUGGGGACUUUUCUAUCCAAAUAUGCAACCCAAAUACCCAUUUAAUUUUGGUUCUCCUACAGUGAUUUCUAUUAUACGUGAAGGGGUUGCUGGAUUUUACCAGAAAAUUGGUUUUCCCCAUAUAUUAAGGUGGUUUAAUUAGUUAAUUUGUGAAGGUUAAUAUAUUAAGCCUUGUUUUUAUGCGCUGUUUCAGUUGAAGUUUCAUGUAUUCUCUUAAUAAAGCUGUAUUUCUCCAUGUUUUGGAUCAAUAAAUGCCAAAUUAUCUACUA